AAUUGCUACCUCCAAAUGAAUGGCGUUUAGGCCGAAUUGAGAGGGUUUACCAUGGCUCUGACAAUAAAGUCCGCGUUGCAGACGUUCGAACCCAACAUGGCAUUUUAACAAGACCAAUCGUCAAACUAUGCCCUCUUCCGACUGAGACAGACAUCUCACGACCGCAACCCUGACUGCAACCCAUAUCUCUUGUCACUUCAUCGCUUAACCAUAUUUUUUUUAUUUUAAACCUUUCACUAAAGCAAAUCUCCUUUCCAGAGACCAGAACGCCCAUGCACCGCGUACCACAAGACCGUCACGUGCACCUCGAGACCCCAAUGUGCAUCAGUGCUUGAUUUGUUUCCGCUACCAUGCCCUACGGUUCUGUCCGGAGUUCCAACGCAUGGGAGUGGAGGAGCGUCGAGUAAAGGUCCGGUUCUUGGAUUACUGCCUUAACUGUUUGGCCCGCACCCAUAGCCACGUAAGAGCUUGCCACUCGUCCGGCAGGUGUAAGAUAUGCAAGCAAAUGCUUCACCCUCUCUUACACCGUCCGACACCCGAAGAAAAGGCAGCUCCGGUUCAGGUCUGACAACCACCAACGCGACCAAUGGAUGCCAGAGUGCACAUCGAACUGGAUCGAGCAAUCCGGGCGUUGAACCGCAUGCGAACUGCACUUGCACCGGUACAACGGGGCCGGCAUGUUUAAGUGACUUGCGC